UUAAUUAAUUAGAAAACAAAAAUGGAGGAUCUUUUUUUCUGGUCUCUGUCUUUCUCUUGCCACACCAGCAGAUCGAUCCCAUGUGUAUUCAAACAAGAAAAAAAUACAUUAGGAGAGAGAAACAGAAACUGACAGACAUUAGACAUACAAUAGAAGCUAGCUAGCUAGGUUAGUAGUCUCAUCUGUCAUCACACACACACACACACAAACAAAUGAAAGAGAAAUAAAAAUAAACAAGAAAAAGGAACUCCAUUGAGAAGGCCAAAACUUCUCUCUAUCUCUCUUUCUAAAUGUCCUCCCAAGAAGAAGAACAAAAGAAACCACUCGAAGAAGAAGAAGAUUUUGAUGAUUCAAAUUCAACAACAACAGCUCCAGCUUCAAGUGCAAGUAAUAAUAAUGGAUCUUUCACAAAUACAAACACUCUUCUUCAUCUUCUUCAGCAACAACAACAACAGCCAUCAACUGCAAGAAAGAAGAGAAAUUUACCAGGAAAUCCAGAUCCUAAUUCUGAAGUAAUCACCCUAUCACCGAAGACUCUCGUUGCGACAAACAGGUUUGUGUGCGAAAUUUGCAGCAAGGGUUUCCAAAGAGACCAAAAUUUGCAAUUGCAUAGACGAGGGCAUAACUUACCUUGGAAAUUAAAGCAACGGUUAGUAGGUGAAGAGGCUCCAAAGAGGAGAGUUUAUGUGUGCCCGGAACCUUCGUGUGUCCACCACCACCCAAGUAGAGCGCUCGGAGAUCUUACUGGGAUUAAGAAACAUUUCUCUAGAAAACAUGGAGAAAAGAAAUGGAAAUGCGACAAAUGUCCGAAAAAAUAUGCAGUCCAAUCCGAUUGGAAGGCUCACUCAAAGAUAUGUGGAACUAAGGAGUACAAAUGUGAUUGUGGCACCAUCUUUUCUAGAAGAGACAGUUUCAUAACGCAUAGAGCAUUUUGUGACGCUCUAGCCGAAGAAAACAAAAAACCAUUCAUCCCGACAGCCUCAUCAUCAUCAUCAACGAUUAACAACAACAUGAUCACCAUCCCUGAUCGCAUCAACAAUGAUAUUAAUGCAACAGAAAUGUACACAAUGGACAAGAUAAACUCUUCAAGAUCUAGCCAGCUGACUCAAGAACAUCACAUAUCCAUGAAUCUGUUUGGCAGCCCUAGAAUGGUCAUUUCUCCUAAUUCUUCUUCUUCUUCAAUAGCUGCUGCAUCAUCAUCAACAUCACCUCAUUUGUCUGCAACAGCUUUGUUGCAAAAGGCAGCCCAAAUUGGAGUAGCUGCUGCUAGUAGGGAUAUAGUCAUUCUAUCUCAUAAUUCAUUAAUGCCCACUGGAUUAUCUGUCACAACCAUGGCUGGCUCAUCAUUUGCUCCUCCAUAUGAUCAAAUCCAGUCUCAAACUGCCAAUUAUGCUCCAUCUCAACAACCUUCAGAUAUGACAAACAAUGAAUCCUUAAUUCUGAGUCAUUUGAUGCAAAAGGGUCCCAUGCAAGCAACUCCACAGGUUUUCCACACAAUAGGAAGCAAUGAUAUGAUGAUGAACCAAAUGGAGAAUGAUCUCUUCAAUGAAGAAGGGUUAUUAAUGUUCAAUAGCCAAAGCCAAUCUUUCUUGAAGAACUUGGAGAAUAAUGGAAUAGACAAUAUCGCACCUACGAGUCUCUCAUCGCCGCAUAUUGGAGAUAUGAUGACAGUUGAUUUUAUGGGUGUUGGAGGGGUUAGGACAAGAAACCUCCACGACAAGCAACUUCAACAAGGAAUGGAUCAGUUUGAUGAUGUGAUUAACGAUGAGAAGCAAGGAUUGAGUCCAUUUCAAUGAUAAAUUGUUCCAUAUUAUUCGAUCUUGCAUCAAGAUUGGAGAAAGAAUCCGAUACUAAAUAAGCCAAAUAUCUUUAUAUUUAGCAAAAACUUUAGGAUUUUUGGCAGUUUUUACUUAUUUUUUCUAGUGAUAUUAGGGGAAGCUAGGCAAUGAACAAUGAAAAAUAUCUUUGCUAAAGGGCAAGACAUUGUUUGGUGUGAAUUUUGAAGUAAUUAUGAGAUAAAAAACUUUUUAUCGGAAA